CCCGCGCGCAGGCGCACUGCGAAUGCCCGCUGAGCUGGGCUUCGCUGCUGGGUGCGCGGCGGCGGAGAGCGAGGCCUGGUGAGCACCGGCGCUGGCCGGCUAUUGGAGCUCGUGCGCGGGAGAGGUACUGCGGGCCGGCAAGCGAGCGAGCGGCUCACCCCAGCAUCGGCACCGGGAUCGGUUGCCUUGAACCUGAAAACAUGACUACCCCAGGAAAAGAGAACUUUCGCCUGAAAAGUUACAAAAAUAAGUCCCUGAAUCCUGAUGAGAUGCGCAGGAGGAGGGAGGAAGAGGGACUGCAGUUACGCAAGCAGAAAAGAGAAGAGCAGUUAUUCAAGCGAAGAAAUGUUGCUACAGCAGAGGAAGAAACAGAAGAAGAAGUUAUGUCAGAUGGAGGCUUCCAUGAGGCUCAGAUUAAUAACAUGGAGAUGGCACCAGGUGGAGUUAUUACUUCCGACAUGAUCGAAAUGAUAUUUUCCAAUAGCCCAGAGCAACAGCUUUCAGCAACACAGAAAUUCAGAAAAUUGCUUUCAAAAGAACCUAAUCCUCCUAUUGAUGAAGUCAUCAGCACGCCAGGAGUAGUGGCCAGGUUUGUGGAGUUCCUCAAACGGAAGGAGAACUGUACACUGCAGUUUGAAUCAGCUUGGGUAUUGACAAAUAUUGCUUCAGGAAAUUCUCUUCAGACCCGGAUUGUGAUUCAGGCAGGAGCUGUGCCUAUCUUCAUAGAGUUGCUCAGCUCAGAGUUCGAAGAUGUCCAGGAGCAGGUAAAAAAAUGUCACGUCACAUUAUUUGGUUUGGAUUUCAGCCCUAAAGAAAAGAGACUAAGGAUAGAACUGUGGAUUAAUAUUUCUUUUUAUGGUUGCAGGCAUAAUGAUUAUAAAGUGGUUUCUCCUGCUUUGCGGGCUGUGGGAAACAUUGUCACAGGCGAUGAUAUUCAGACGCAGGUAAUUUUGAAUUGCUCAGCUCUGCAGAGUUUAUUACAUUUGCUGAGUAGCCCAAAGGAAUCUAUCAAAAAGGAAGCAUGUUGGACAAUAUCUAAUAUCACAGCUGGAAAUAGAGCACAGAUUCAGACUGUGAUAGAUGCCAACAUUUUUCCAGCCCUCAUUAGUAUAUUACAAACUGCUGAGUUUCGGACAAGGAAAGAAGCAGCUUGGGCCAUCACAAAUGCAACUUCUGGAGGAUCAGCUGAACAGAUCAAGUACCUUGUAGAACUCGGUUGUAUCAAGCCACUUUGCGAUCUCCUCACAGUCAUGGACUCUAAGAUUGUACAGGUUGCCCUAAAUGGCUUGGAAAAUAUCCUGAGGCUUGGAGAACAAGAAGCCAAAAGGAAUGGCACUGGCAUUAACCCUUACUGCGCUUUGAUCGAAGAAGCAUAUGGUCUGGAUAAAAUUGAGUUCUUACAGAGUCAUGAAAACCAGGAGAUCUACCAGAAGGCCUUUGAUCUCAUCGAGCAUUACUUCGGGACCGAGGAUGAGGACAGCAGCAUUGCGCCCCAGGUUGACCUUAGCCAGCAGCAGUACAUCUUCCAGCAGUGUGAGGCUCCUAUGGAAGGUUUCCAGCUUUGAAGCAAUACUCUGCUUUCAUGUGCCUGUGUCAGACCAGGCUACCCAGUCAAGUCCUCUUGUGGAGCCCACAGUCCUCAUGGAGCUAACUUCUCAAAUGUUUUCCAUAAUACUGUUUGCGCUCAUUUGCUUGCCUUGCGCACCUGCUCUCUUACACACAUCUGGAAAACCUCUGGCUCUCUGUGGUGGAAUACCCUUCUAAUAAAAAGGGUAAUCAGAACGGCCCACUCUUAUGGAAAAUCCCUAGGCUUUGGAGAUCCGCGCUUAUAUAAGAGUCAUGGGAUUAUUCACAUAUUAAUGUGGCUCCCUUUCUUUGUGGGGGGAAAAGAGGACACCUCCUCAUUCCCUUUAAAGUGGGGAAAAACACUGAUAUUAAAAGAUGAGACUAAACCUUUAUCUUGAAUUUCACACAACUACUUGCAACAAGGGAGAUGUUUAGACCUGUUGUGUACACUUCAGAGUACUUCUCAUGAGUUCUUCCACAGUGAACCCUUGGAUUACCUGGUGGCUUUUCUAGCCAAAUUUGCAUUAAUCCUUACUGAGACUGGAUGGUUUUCUUUCCUCUAUUGGCGCCAUUCUUCACAGAUAUUAAAGUUAAACCAUCCGCUCCCUCACCUUCAGCCUUCAGUGAAUGUGCUUUCUAGUUGUCAGGAAUGCUGAAGAAUUAACACUUUGACUCUUAAAUGUGAUACUGGUUUGAAGAUUCCCUUAGAGCAGAAAGGAGAGGGGCACAUAUUAAUUUGUAUGGCUAUUGCUUCUCUUUGGUCUUAUGUGUCUUAGGAUUUGGAAGUGGUUCGAUUCUAAUGCUGAUAUGAAGAUUGAGAAUCCUUAGUAAUUGAAACAAUAUCCUGUAAUUCAAUAAAAAAGUAAAACAAAACAGAACAAAACAAAAAAUCCCUCCAAUUUUCCCACAUUCAACCAGUGUGACUAGAGGCUGUGUUUCUGCAUUAAAACAAAUGUUUCAGGCUUUGUGGUCCUGAUCAAGGUCCCAUUAAAUUGGAGUUCACCCUGGGUGCUUUCCCCUCUGUGACUGGCAGAUAAUAACACAUACUUUUAAAGGUUACUUAGGGAAACUUUUUUUCUUAGCCCGGUGCAGCUUGAUUCUAAUGUAUUCAUGCUGCAUAUAUGAUCCCUUUAAUGUAGCAUCUUUAUCUUAAAUAAUCAUCUUCUCAAUGUGACCUGUUCAACGCAAAUAGGGGCAGUGAUUUUUUUUUUUUUUAAAUAACCUCAUCGUUCGCUAAUCAUUUCAACUACUCGUGCUGCCCAGUCAAGUCCCCCCAUAAAAUAAAAGGUUUCUACCUUCUGGCUCAUUUAAUGAUAACUGCAAUGUACCUACAAAUGGCGCUUCCAGUACUGUCUUCAAUGAUCCACAUUUGUGCUUGGACUGGAGUGAAAAUAUAAGCUUAAUUGCCAAGAGAACUGCAACUGAGUUCAAUACGACUUCUUGGUGCUAGUUGGCCAUCUUGACUCAAUGUUGGGACGCACUAUCAGAGAUUUUUUUGUUGAUGCGCUGUUCAAAAUGAAUUCUGAAGGAAAAGUCGGUCACUUCUGUUUUAGAGAAUACCCUUUUAAGCCUCUUUAAUCUUGUCCUCUUCUAGAAUUCAUUAUAAUCCCAAAAUGUAACUAUUUGGAAGUCCCCAUGACAGGUUAUUAUACAUCUCUGGUAAAUCCUGCUGAAUGUUAGGGAUAUUCAGAGCUUUCAUACCUCAUCAUGUUGUUACUUAAACAGCCAACUUAUGUGACCUGAUUUAAACUUAAAAAAAAUCCACUUCAUUCAAAGUAGAAAGAUACAAAGACAAAGGACAUUUAUCAGCCAAGUGUGUGACGCAUUCUUCGCAUCUAGUCUGUAGUUGUGUCUGUGCUCUGGAUGGAUACCGUCUGAUGUCUGUCUGUUACUGAUGGAGCGGCCACUGCAAAACUAGUCAACUCCCAUCUAUAACUUCUUCUAGUGCUGCUUUGUGCUGAAAGGACAUUUUAGUUUACUGCACUUGACCUGUAAAAGACUUUGAUUCUUUGUAAUUUUAGGGACAAAUUAGGUGGUUAAUUUAAAGAAAAACUUUCAGUUUUGCCUUUACAUCACAUUAAAAUAUAACUUCUUUCAGAAGGGUAAUAGAAGCACUGAUUCAUAGUAAAAAUCUUGUUUUUAGCUUUGACUUUUUUUGUGGCUGAGUUUUUUUAAACUGUACGUCACUGGUAACACGUCAUUUCUCUAGGAUGUUUUAAAUUAUGUACCUUCUAUUGGAUAAUUUUAAAAAUUUCAAUUCAUUUUUGAUAAACCCGUUUGAAUGGAAAAAGGAUAAAGCACACAAAGUUGUUUCCCCAGGUUAGUAAGAAGAGCGUACAUUGGGAGUUUUGCAAUUGGAGGUGUCUCAGUGAAUGAUCCAUUUUCUGUCUAAAACAGGAAUUUAUCUUGGUCCUGUCCUGGAAGUUCAUGAGAGAUGACUUAAAUUUUUUUUUGCAAUAAAAUGUUCUUAAUAUAAAAAUUGGAAUUAACUGAAAGUGAAAUCCCAGCAUAAAUGUUGGAACUGAUAAAGCAGCCUUUUUGGUUAUAGAAAUGAGACUUUCGGAGGUAACUAAGUCCUAAUUUUAGUUCUCUGCCUGGCAGAUUCUAUUAAUUUACACUGAAUUUAUUGAAAUCCUAUCACUAAUAUGUUACUCAUUACAAAAGCAUGUUAAUUCAACAGAGGAAAACUCUUCUACAAUAUAUACUAAUCAGGGGGAAAGUAGCUUGAUUAUUCACCCUCCUCCCUUCUUCCUCCUCCACACUUUGAAAGUAUAUUCUUUGAAAUGAAAACUUAGGUGGGGAAGAAAAAGCAUUGUAAGCAUUUAAGAUAUAAAGGCACCCUGUAUUUGAAGGACCAGCUGGGUAGAUAUAGUUAGAUUGAGAAAAACCAGGAAAGGAAAACAGAUUAAAGAGAGAGUUUUCUAUGGAACACUUUAAUUCAUGUUCUUGUCACUAAGUAGGGCCCUUUCAAACCUUUGUUAGCUAUACUGUUUUUGGAAACUAUUGCCCUAGGAUUGUUUCUUCUAUCUGCCAGAUAAAUCUAAAUGGGCUCUGGGCCAUUUUUUCAUAUUGUCACAAAUAUAAGCAAUGACAACUACCCCAUAAUAAUUAUUCCAGAUUGUUGCUGAUUUUGCCUGAGGAAAAAUAUGUAAUAUAUUUUAUAAACCAAACUUUGUCAAUUAAAUCCUGUUGUACAUGGCCA